AUGCAGAAUCCAGACCAAAAUGGUUACCCGGAAAAGAUUCCAAUCACUUACUAUCCCUUGAACACGCAGAAGGCCUUCCGACACAAUGAAAACAGAAUGAAAGACAAGCUCUACGCCAAGUACUUUCACCGAGAUCUCUACCUCUACGCCGACAUCCCGCAAUACAUCCGCGAACAGAUGCCAGCGGAGGGCAUUCUCCCAAUAUCCGAGUCUCGUCGUCUCCUGGAACCAGGCUACCACCCUCACGAGAACGGCUGGCGCGCUCUCGCCGACGGAACCGCGUACGUCACGUCGAGGACUCGCUUCCCGGGAUCGACAGGAGACAUGGUCCGCUGGUGGUUUUGGUGGCACAGCGUCGAGCCCGAGCGCUACGCCCUCUGGUUUCCAUACGACCACCUCAGCGCUCGCUCGACUUACGCGGACCGCCUGCACCGCACUGACCUAUCCCACACGCAAAAGUGGCUCGGGUCCACGCAUCGUGUAACGGAGUUCAUCGGGUCUACAAAGAUGACCGUCCAUAUCCACUUCGUCGACCCAGCUCAGUACGGGCUGCCGUGGGAUGAGCUCAAGAAAGCGGGCUACGAGGCGGCUGUUUGUGCCGAGUUGCGGGACGGAUUGCUCCCAAACCUGAAGAUUGGGGACUUUCUACACCUCUGGCGGAAAACCGAGGAUGGACUGGAGCUGAGAAGUCGUUAUUGGCUGGGAGGCGGGGUUCACUAUAAAGUGAUGGGAAUGAAGGUUGGGAUUGAUUAUCUUGCUGGAGCUUUGGGGUUCAAGCGUCGAAUGGCGGGUGAGAAUAUCGCCUACGAGCAUUUCAUCCAUGACCAGACUGAGUUUACCAAUCUGGCAUCCUUCCUACCAGAGCUUUACGCGGACCACAUAGCGGGACGGCUCUGA